CUGUUUUAAUAACUCUUCCAACUACCCGCUGGCCCCGCUCUCGGGCAGCAUUCAGUCGUCUCGGCGAUUCGGCUGCGAGAUCCCUUUCUUGCUCAUGCUCACAAUUAAUUUCGCGUUCCCCACGAUCUCAAGGACGACAUCAUUAAUGAGAGGCCUCUACUUAGUUGCUUCACCGUCAUCGGCAUGCUGACGAAACCCUAGCAAAGAGAGGAAAGUGGGAUCACAAGAGGAGGAGGAGGAGGAGGAGGAGGGAGAGAUGGAUGUGAAGAGCCAAGGAUGCUUAGCUUCUUCCUCCAAAGCCUCCCCUGCUACUUCUGGUACUCACCACAGGCGCUCCAAGAGUGCCUCUGAUAGAAACCUGGAUUUCAACAAACAUGUAAAUUCACACAGCAUGCCGAAAGAGCGUGCUGACAUUCAGGACCCAAAUAAUGUUAUGAAUAUAAUGAACUCUCAUCGAAAUUUUCAGAAUUCAAGUGAAAGUGCUACAAAUACUACGAGGAACAGUAGAGUCUCCUUGGAAGAUGAUAUCAAACAACUCCAGAUGCAUUUGCAUCAAGAAAAAUCUACUCGCUUUCUAUUGGAGAAGGCGAUUGGUCGAGCUUCUAGCACUUUAUCUCCAGGACAUAGACAUUUCUCAGCUCAGACUAGGGAAUUAAUUGCAGAGAUUGAGCUGCUUGAAGAAGAAAUAGUAAAUCGUGAGCAACACGUGUUGUCUCUCUACAGAAGCAUCUUUGAUCAAUGUAUUAGUCAACCUUCAUCAGCUCAUAGUUCUGGCAUGACUUCUCCUGCACACUCAAACCCAAAGACUGGAUCCAGGAAGCAUCCUAGUAUAAUAUCAAGUUCUUUUUGCUCCUCAAAGAAAUUCAGAUUGCAACCUUUUCAAGUUCUGACUUCAAUAAGAGAGUCUGGACGAAGUAAUGUUUUACUUAAGCCACCAAAGUUUGUUCAUGAUCCAUUUUUGAGAGAAAACAUGAAUCUCUAUGAUGGAAUAAGCUUUGCUGACACUCUAAAGGAGAAGUUAUCAACUUCUGGAAGGAGUAAUUUAGCACGUACGUUGAAAGAUCAUCUCUACCAGUGUCCAUGCAGAAUAUCUGAAGAAAUGGUCAGGUGCAUGGCUUCAGUAUAUUGUUUGAUGUGCAGUGGCUCAUGUGAGAAGACAAGUAAAUCUCGUGCUCCUUUCUUGCAAAGAUCAUCUACCAGCAGCGUUCUUGGUCCAAAAGCCAUUAGAGAGGAGCAUGAAUGGCCUAGCAGAUCCAUCAUCGAAGUGCUAUCAAUAAAAUUAGACAAACGUUGCCCCCGUGCAUCUUACACAAUAAGCAACUACAGAUUUCUGGUGGAACAGUUGGAAAGAGUUGACUUGAGUGUUAUGGAAAACAGUGCUAAAUUGGCAUUUUGGAUCAAUGUCUAUAAUUCCCUUAUAAUGCACGCAUAUCUGGUGUAUGGGGUUCCAAGUAGUUCUCUGAGAAGAGUUGCUUUGUUUAAUAAGGCUGCAUAUAAUAUUGGAGGGCAAGUCAUUACUGCCAACUGCAUUGAGUACUCCAUUUUGGGUUGCCGGACAUCUCGGAUGGGUCGUUGGCUUGAAACUAUACUCUCAAAUGCUACGAGGAAGAAAUCUGGGGAAGACAAGCAGCUUAUCUGGUCCAAAAUGGGUCUCCCUAGUUGCCAUCCCCUUGUUUUCUUUGCAAUCUGCACCGGAGCUUCCUCGGACCCCAUCCUAAGAGUCUACAGUGCCAAGAAUGUGACAGAGGAGCUGGAGAAAGCCAAGAAGGAAUUCCUUCGAUCCCACGUUGUGGUCAAGAAAUCUAACAAAGUUUUUCUGCCAAAAGUCCUCGAUAGAUACGCUAAAGAGGUAUGCACCAACUAUGACUCUCUUCUCAUGUGGGUGUGCGAGAGCAUGGACAAGAAGCAGCAGGAUGCAAUCCACAGGUGUGUAGAUUCCAACUGCAGGAGGAAGGCCUCGCAAGUCAUCGAAUGGCUGCCCUACGACACGAGAUUCCGUUAUGCUCUCACGAGCGAAUCCGUAGAAACCCCCUGUAAAUUGUGACGACGGUGUAGUUAACCAGGUCAGGAAGGAUCACAUGAUUGAGGAGUCAACGACAAAACUAAGAAGUCAGCAUCGACGAACACAAUUCCAACCAUAUUAACCAUCAAGUGUGUCUCUAGAUUCUUCCUCCGUCGAUCAGAAUCCAAACCCC